UAAAUCGUGCUUAUUACAUUCGUUGAUAAAGAAAUCAGAAAGGUACUAUUACAGGCGCCGAGAUACCUUAGACAGCUACCCCACCGUACGGCCCUGUCGUGAAAAGCAAGGACUGCGCGCGCAGAUCUCGCAAGCGUACGUAGAUAUGGACGAAGAGGGAACGAGGCAAGAGUGGGAAAGAAAUAGUCGGUGGUCUCGUGUAGCUGCGCGCGCGCGUGUGUGUGUGUGUGUGUGUGUGUGAGUACCUUGCGUAUCACGGCAUACGGCGUGCACACUUUCGAGAUACGUUCGUGUUUACACGAAAAUAAGUUCACUCGUAUCGCGCGCGCACGAGAGCGUGUGUAAAAACGAUACCCGCGCCUCGUCUUCGUUCACUACCGGAUAGGUAGCUACGAUAGAAAAACACGGAAAGUAGAAAGGGCCGUAGAGAGGAGGGCCCGUAUCAAACCGGCGGCAUAACGCGUAAUCGAGGAUUUUUGGAAUCGGUAUCGCGUCGAAGCGAACUUUACGGAACGAACUGUACAACGACGAGGUGAAACGCGAGUGUGUGUCCGUCUGUCUGUCUGUCUGUCUGCCUGUACUUUAUAGAAGUGAGGCGGGACGGAGGGGGCGUGGUGAGGUGUGGUGAGGGGCUGUACGGUGAGGUGCGGGGUGCGGUGAGGUAAGGUGAGCGGCGAACGGAGCCGAAAGAGAGCGAAUAGAGUAAAGUGACCGAGCGCAACUUCGGUGAGAGGACGCGCCGUCGUUUACGGACCAAUUGAAACAAGACGUGAGGCGUUAUUGCCGGGUUUGUGAUUAAACAGUGAAAGAACUCGACAAAAAGAAAAGGAGAACAAAAUACGGCAAAGUGAGCUAUCGUACCGGGGGGCGGGAGAGAAAGAAGAGCGCAAAGUCUGCAAACGAUGACGACGCGCGUUCGUUCCGCGGUCAUGCGUCCGCAAUUCGCCGAGCCAUGAUGCGGAAUACUGUAUCUAGUUAAUCUAGUAUAGGCUGCUGGCCGCGGCUGUGGCACGACGUGUUCGUGACGUGUGUGCGACCGAAAGUUAAAACGAUCUCGUUUCUUUACUUUGUCACUUCUUUUACGUUGAACGAGUGCGCGCGCGCGCGCGCGUGUGUUGUGCGUGUGUUGUUUGUGUACGCGCGCGUAUGUGUGUGUGUGUGUGUGUGGGCGCGAGAGCGUUUUUCUACAUCGUUCCUUCGGAGACCGAGAGAAACAAAAAGAAAAAAUAAAAUAAAAAAAGAACAAAAAACAAAAAAGUCGACGGGUACGUUUGGGUUCUUCCUUGUUCACCGUUCCCGUGCGGGAUUCGCGGUGGUGUCGGACAUUGCUGGCUGGGACGAUACGGUGGUUCUGUUUACACUGGAAAAAUUGACAGUCUUCGAGGAUGUACGCGAAGGGGAAGGGGGCCACGGUACCCUCGGACAGUCAAGCGAGAGAAAAAUUAGCCUUGUACGUGUACGAGUAUUUAUUGCAUAUUGGCGCACAAAAAGCAGCACAGACAUUCUUAUCAGAGAUACGAUGGGAAAAGAAUAUCACUCUCGGGGAACCACCUGGAUUUUUACACUCUUGGUGGUGUGUAUUCUGGGAUCUAUAUUCUGCAGCACCAGAGCGACGAGAUUCUUGCGAACACAGCAGCGAGGCCAAAGCUUUCCAUGACUAUGGCUUUGUGAACAGCGGUUAUGGAGUCAAUGGCAUUGCUCAUAAUGCUGGUCCGGCGCCUUCUCCCAUAGGACAAAUGCCACCAAACGAUGGCAUGCCUGGUGGUCCAAUGCCCUCUGCAUUCUUUCCAAACAACUCGACAAUGCGACCAUCUCCGCCCACACACCCCUCAUCACAGCCAUCCCCCCAGCACCCCCAGCCACCCCCGCCCCCACACUCGCAGAUGAUGUCCACUCAGUUCAUGGGUCCGCGAUACCCUCCUGGACCAAGACCUGGAGUACGUAUGCCACAAAUGGGAAAUGAUUUCAAUGGGCCACCGGGACAACCAAUGAUGCCAAAUAGUAUGGAUCCCACUAGGCAAGGCGAAGCUGGAGAAUUUGUAGGGUGGCAAGCUGGAGGAAAUAUGCCUGGUGACUUUCCGAUGAGUGGCGGACCAGAGGGUGGUCCAAUGGGCCCAAUGGGACCGAACACAAUGGGUCCUGUUUUAAAUGGUGAUGGUCUUGACGGAAUGAAAAACAGUCCAGCUAACGGUGGCCCUGGAACACCACGAGAAGACAGUGGAAGUGGAAUGGGUGACUAUAAUCUGGGUGGUUUUGGAGGUCCUGGAGAAAAUGAUCAGACCGAGUCAGCGGCCAUACUCAAGAUCAAGGAGAGCAUGCAAGAAGAGGCGAAGAGGUUUGAAAAGGACUCAGAUCACCCCGAUUAUUUCAUACAAUAACUCUUCACGAGUCGUUGGGCUCCGAGACCAAACUAACGUUCUAACAAAACGAAUCGCAAAUCGAUCCCCUCUCUUCCUUUAUCCGGUACAUCUCUCGCUGUACUUAUUUACUUACACACACACACACACACACACACACACACACACACACACA